AUGGAGAACUUGGAAAAUCAGCCACCAAAUGCGGUUACUACGGUGCAAGAAAUAAAUCCUUUAAAUAAAACUGAAGCCGAGGAACAAACGCCAGAGGUUAAACAGGAGGUAGAACUAUUAAAAAAGGGCACUGGUUUUGAAAAUGUAGCCACCGUCAUGGGCACUCGUUACUUGUUUAAUGGUUUCCGUUUUCUGGGUGUCUAUAUGCCCGAGAAUAAACGAGUUUUGUAUGUUAUCUGGUCGGUUUUCAUUAACCUAUUGGUGACCAUUUAUUUGCCCGUGGGUUUUGCCAUGAGCUUUGCGAAAAUGUCGGGCGAGGAAUUGGAGAUAGGUAAUCUGUUGACAUCGGUGCAGGUGUCCAUUAAUGUUUUGGGUUGUUCCAUUAAAAUCAUUUUAAUGGGUUUUCUUUUGCCCAAAUUGAAGAGUUGUGAUCCCAUUAUAGAUAAAUUGGAUAAAAGGUGUCAUACCAAAGAGGAAAUUAACGCUAUUAAACGUAUCAUUAAGGAGGGCAAUCGUUUUGUGGUUUUAUUUUCCAUUUCCUAUUGGAGUUACUCCUCCAGUACUUGCAUAAGUGCGGUAACAUUUCAUCGUUUGCCCUACAAUAUCUACAAUCCUUUCAUCGAUUCGAAAGUCUCAAAUUUACACUUCUAUGCGGCCGUGUUUGUGGAAAUGGCUCUGCUAGAUGUGGCCUGUUUCCAGCAAGUGGUGGAUGAUUCCUAUGCUGUGAUUUAUGUCAACAUUUUAAGGACUCACUUGGAUAUUUUGCUCAAGAGAAUUAAGAAUAUGAGUAAGAAUGCUAAAGCAUCAUUGGAUGCUAAUUUUGAGGAGCUGAAAAUGUGCAUAAUUGAUCAUAAGAAUAUUAUAGAACUUUAUAACGUGAUCGCUCCUAUCAUUUCUAUUACUAUAUUUGUGCAAUUUACCAUUACCGCCACCAUUUUGGGUGCAACAUUAAUCAAUAUUCUAUUGUUUGCCACAAAUUUUGCCUCAAUUGUGGCCUCUUGUUUUUAUGUGUGUGCCGUGGUUGUGGAAAUAUUUCCCUUGUGCUAUUAUGCCCAGUGUUUAAUGGAUGAAAGUAAUCGCUUGUCGGAUGUUAUAUUCCAUUCUAAUUGGGUGGAUCAGGAUGUACGUUAUAGGAAAAUGUUGAUAUUUUUCAUACAUCGUUCUCAGCGCACCAUAGAGUUUACGGCUGGCAAACUAUUUCCCAUAACUCUGAAUAGUUUUUUGGGUAUUGCCAAAUUCUCUUUCUCAUUGUAUACCUUUAUUAAGGAAAUGGGUAUAAAGGAAAAGUUUGCCAACAAAUAA